GUGAGGUUCUGAACAAAAGAGGCGCAAAUUCAUCAUCUCCUCACGAUGGCGCAUCAGAUUGAUUUAAAAAGUCUCCGCCAACGAACUUCUUGGACGAAGGACGACAAAAUUCUCCUGUGCCACGAAAUUAACAAUUUGCGUAGGAGAGCACUUGCUGUGGAGCAAUUUGAGGAGAAUCUCGAGGAAUCUUUGAGGCGUGAUCAUGUCCAGGAAAUGCGUUUGCGUGUUCAGAAGGAGAGGCAACAUCUCUUCAAUGUUCAACGUUUGCAAAAUUUGCGGAGGUUCAACAUUGUUAAGGAUCUCCCUGCGCAGAUUUCGCAUAAUUUUGAACGUCGUGAACUCGAGGUGACAACGAAGAUGAUGCAGAGUGCUAUCUAUGAGAUCAAGUACAAGAGGAAUAUGGUGACACACAGGAAGAAUGAGAUGGUGAAGAAUUAUUCCAAUCUCCAGGCAGAACUUGAGAGGCUCACCAGCAGCGAGAGGAAGAUCCCACAGUGCUUACCAGAAGGGAACAUUUACAUUGAACUGCAGAAUAUUUCCACACUCCAUAAAGCAGCUCUGUAUGUAAAUGCAUCCUAUAGAACAGCCAUCAAUGACUUAAUACAGGCAGCUCAGAGUGCAAAGGUUAAAUUCAGAGGGCUUGAGAAGGAUGGUAUUGAGAUGCAAAGUAUCACGAAAGAAAUUGAAUUUUCUCUCAAGGGAAAUCUUCAGCGACUUUCAUCCUUAAGGCAGGAAUUUGAGAAACGCUACAUGAUGGAGCACAAUGUUGAGGUUUACCAGAAGGGACACAGUGAACUGGAAGAUCAUCAUCACCAUGAAAAGGUUGGACGGAAAAUAGAGCAAAAGGUCCAGCAAGCCCCAGAGAUUCCCAAAUCAACCCAAGAAAUCCCCCAGUGGGACAGACAGACAAUUCGCGAUUUGAAGACUCGUUUGGAGGAAGUGCAACCCAUGAUAAGAUCACUGCAGAAUGCAACGCGAUGCCUCGAGCUGAGAGGCAUUGAAGCCAGAUUUUUGCGCCAGCUUCCGGAUAAAGAGCAUUUCAUGGCCGAAGUUAAACGUCUUCGGGAAGCUAGUGUGUCACUCACAGAAAAGCGGAAGGAAAUUGCAAUUCAGCACGACAGAUAUAUGGGGGAGACUGAUGCGGAAUUUUGCAAAAAUGCCGAGAGAAUUGAUGAACUGAAACAGAAGAUCGCAGCGGAGCGCUGUCGCCAAUUGAAGUACCGCGAUGAAUUUAAGAUGGUCUCACAGCAGAAGAUUCAAUUGAUAUCAUCUCUCAAGGUACUCAAGCAGAAUCUGAGGAAAGUCGGAUACCCCGAAGAUGCUGGUCACGAGAAAAGCCUCCACAGUGAUUUGGACAGCAACGAGGGUGACGAUGAUUCCGAAGAGGAAGAUAAAUUGAAAGAUAGCGAUGCAGAAGAAUACAGACUCGUUGAUGACGUUGUGAUACGAUGCAGAAUUCUAAUGAAGCGAUACGAUUGCAGUAUGUCUGAAGAGGAAAUUACAAAGUUUGAGCAUCUUUGGCAGGAUAAAAUUCUCGAGGAAAUUACUCCAAGUGCAGGAAUUGAGAAAUCAGAUUUAGGUUCUAAAAGAGACAAAAAGAACAUAAAAGAAAUUUUUGACGAUAUGAAAGGCAGUAGAUCUGAUGUGCCAUCGAGGAUGGAUAUUAAGAGAUUUAGUGAUCUCAUUGUUUGGAGAAAUAAGAUAGAGGACUAAAGAAAUUCUCUAUGUAUAAUCAGAGAGAUGAUCGAUCUAGCGUGGCGAGGAGAUCCCAGUGAUUGAUCUCUAUGAUUUUGUUGAUCUUCUUUUCGGGGUGGUGGAAACGGUGUAUUAACGAGAAAGGGACUUUCACUGGUCGUGACAUCAAUUGAUAUGCGGGAUCGUGUGCAUGAGAUCAUAAUAUGGUAAAAUUCCUCCGGAUUCACCUCCAAUUGACCACUGCUGCUGGCUUUGGGGAGAUCAAAAUGAACAAAAAAAAAGAAUCUGUGCACAUAAUGGGAAUUUUCUUUCACGGAAGCUUCUGUGCAAUAAAUUUCCCGUGCGAUCGCGGGGUGAUGUGUCUUCUCGUGAGGAUGGUCACAAUCGAUUUUCGGUUAUAUCUUCACAAUUGAUAGUUUCCCAUUAGAGGUGAACAACUGGCUAAAUGGCAAGCCAAAUUAUUACGAAACAUUACAUAAAUUUUUGUUGCAAUUCUCUCUUAUCUAUUACAGUAAUGUGUUAGAUAAAUGCAAGGGAAAAUAGAAAAAUAAAAGAUUGAUUAAUUAUUUC